AUGACUGCCGCUUCAACGCCGGAUUUGCGAGGGACUAGCGCGAACAGCGGAGGACGGCGUGCGGCGAAUGGCAAGGAGGGAGACGCGUCGUCUUCGUCUGCGGCACUGUCGUCGGACGCUAGCGAAGACGACGCGUCUUUCCACCCGUCGUCUUCCUCCACGGAGCCCAGCACGAGCACGUCCUCUGAGGGGGCCCCGACAUCGGAGCAUGAAGCAUCGGUGCGCACUGGCGAAGACGAAGACGAAGAUGACGCUCAGGACGGUGACGGCUCACGGUCUGCGCUCGACUCCACCGACGACGAGCAGGAGGGCCAGGAUCGACGCAAAGCUCCGAGACGAAAGAAGAAGGCGUCAACCUCGUCGCAGCGAGUCCAUGGCACGGGGGUCGCUCGGGACAAGGUCAAACGAAUACAUUGGUCGACGGCCGGGCCUGCCGCGGACGCGCAGCGGUACAUGGUGGUUCAAUUCCCGGCAUGGUUAAGCUGCGCGGACGUGGCGGAGCAGAAGACGAUGCUCGACAACAUAACAAAGCAUGUCGUCACGCACUACAAGGUGCCGGGGUACAACGAUGCGGAGCUGAGCAAGUGCGUCGUCAACUGGUUCGCAAACCAUAAGAAGAAAUUGAAGGCGAACACGGAGGUGGCGGGUGCGAAGGCAGAUGGGGAUGGGGCUGUACCAGCCCCGAAGCUGGUGUCUAAAAAGGACCUUGCACCGCUGCUGAAGAUGCUGAGAGGACGCGCCACGACGGCAUCGGCGCUGUGGGCGAGGGACAACGAGGAGGAAGUUGCGCCUCACGUCGUUGGAGUCGGGAAUCACGUCGGUGAGCGCAACUCCAUCGUGAAGGGCUUGUUCGAGAAGUUGCCCGAGGAUAAACAGCAAGAGUGGAAGGAAAAGUCGCUCAAAAUGAAGGACGAGCGGGGGUCGAACCCGAAUCAGUGCUACGAGAAUCAGAGGCAGUUCGUGCCUCUCUUGGCCUGCCUGCUUGAGCAGUUCCCUGGAAUGGAUGCCGACGAGUUCGGGCCGCUGAUCAUCCAUAUUCGGCUCGGUAUGCGAGACCAAGAUGGGAUGAUCAUGAGGGAGCAAUUGUCCAUCGGACUGCCGGAGGGGCACAGCGGUUUCGCCAACUUCGAAGGCGGGGCGGAUGAGAGGGAGAACGAGCGGUGGAGACGAUUCGUAACGUCUGCUUUGCCGAACCCAGUGCGUAGGGACCCAAGGCUGGUGAGCCUCGCGGAUGGAAGGCCGGGCCUACCGCCCGUCAGCAAUGAUUGGACGGGAGUAGAAAUGUGUAGCGUGAUGGACGCCUUCAUGCAAGCCACCUGGGCGUAUUGCCGCGGCGAUGAAGAACCGCUCGUCUGGGCCAACGUUCUGAGCGACGCGAGCAGUUUCCUGGAGUCUAAAUGGUUGGCAGCGGUGCGUCAAGACCCGAAGGAGCUGAAGUUGUCGACAUGCGCCUUCCUCUACGACGCCAUAGUGGACGCACAGGAUACCGAUCAACGCUUCCGGUUCAUAUCCGGUACUGGGUCGUGCGACAUACCUAUGGCCACAGCCGGUGAAGCUGCACCAAGCGAAGAGCGUAGUACGUCGAGCGGUAUAGCGGUGGGCACACCAAUACCUGACACGCCAACACGGCCCAGGACGCGCAAGGUAUGGCCUUCGCCGAGUAGGGUGGCGUCAGAAACCUCAACGACGGGUAUUCGCACGGAGGCUAUCGCGCGAGCGGCGGCGGCUUCUAAGUUGCCUAGCCUUCUGGAAGAGGAUCCGUCCACGGAUCUUGCUGUAGAUGGUGCGUCGUACAACGGGAAUUCGAUACAAACGGGCCGGGGGAGCUUGAUGGGUGGGGACGGUUUGGUGACAGGCGAAGCAGAGACGCAUCAGGCCGCAAAUGAGGAGGCGAACUGCGAUGAACAUGCGCAAGGCGUACAUGGACCACUGAACGAGGAUGCGACGGGAACCGCGACCGCGGGGGACGGGGCGGUUGCGAAGGGAGCUGCGGGACCGUCGGGCACGACGGACGACGCUGUUGCGACGACGAACGGGAGAUUAGGCGAGGCAAGGGCGAACACGACGGCACAUGCAGCUGCCACGAGCAGCGAGACGGCGGAGGUGGCAAAGGAGAAUGCGCUCGAUACGGCGACCUUGGCGGACAUGGGGUUGUCGUCAGGAGUUCUUGGGACGCCGAGCACAGCGUUGGGCGGCGGGACAAGUCGCAGGACAUCGCUGCGACGAGCGACAAAAGCGGCGGUGGGCGGGACAGCAGGGGUUGAGAUGGCGGAGGCGUCGUUGCUUGCACCAGCAGUGUCGACCAUGGCCGUGGAGGACGGACCCGCACCGCGGAAGCGAAAACACGACGAGAUGGAGCCGCCGUCUGAGGAACUGGACAUGGCAGUGGUGAGUGGGAGACUACGCAUCGAGACAGGGACUGUUCGGGCGUCACAAGACGCGGAGGUCGCCAACGCACAUGCUGCAUCGUCGGGCGCGACAGCGGAGGCUGCUGUGACGACGGAGGCGAGGUCGAGCGAGGCGACGGGGAACGCAACGGCAGAGGAGCCUGCUGCAGCAGCAAGCAAGGUGUCAGGCCUCGCACCUGGCAAGGGGGCGCCGCCGCCGGCUGCUGGAACGGUGAGUGCGACGCCGGGCCUGGGGGGCGGUCGUAGGACGUCGCUGCGACAGGCGAGAAAAUCGGCGGCUGUGGUAGCGGAAGACACGCCUGCUGUAGAAACAGAUGGGACCGUCGCCGUCGCGCCGGGCGCCAGACCCAAGAAGCGAAAGCGGGACGAAAACGAGCCGCCGUUGGAGACUAUGGCGAGGUGA